AUGGCUUUUCAACUUUCUCAAUGCCUGAAUUGUCAUGACUUUUUCUCUCCGACGAAUAUUUACAGCUUGUGUGUGUUGAAAGGGGAUGCAUUUUCUCAUCACCAACCACAACCACACUCAUCCAUAAAUACAACAACACAAAAUACAUCAUCGCCUCAACCCAACUCGAGAAGUAAUUAUCAUUCAUCGGAUCAUUUAAUAUUCGUUGCAACAAGCAAUAACAUUUAUGUGAUCAUGUCGAAUAGGAACACUCUAAACAACAAUCAAUUACAAAACAAUAAUUCAGUUUUUGAACAAACGAUUCAUAAAGAUUUUCCAAUUCAAGAAAUACCUAUUUACAAUAUUUCAAGAAUACCAACAGAUUCUCAAAUAAUUAGCAUUAGUGCAUUCAGAAGUCAUUAUGAUAAAUCUAAAAUAGUUUUGGGAGUUACUUUUACUCAACCCAUAUCUUAUAAUGAAGCAAAUUCUUCAAAAAGAAAAUAUGAUGAUGAAGAUGAUCACAAUGAAAAUAGCUCUCAUAACGACGAUGAACAUGCUCAAAGAAACUCCAAUAAUUCAAAUAAUUUAUAUAACGAAGAAUAUUUUUCAUCGUCCUAUGACAGUGCUGGGGGUGGAGAUAGCACCGAUGAAGAUUCAUUAUUGGCAGAGACUCAUUCAAAACAAUCCUCGACUAAAAAGAAGAAGAAAAAAUCUAAUAGCUCAAUAAUUGGAAAAUCAUUUGUUUCACAUUCAAAAAUGUUAAAAUCAAAUGCCGAGUAUGGUACUAACACAAAUCCAAGUAGUGGAGGAAACCCAGUAGGUGGAAAUACCGCUCCUAAUAGUGGUAUCGCAUCAUCUGAACAAGAUACCGACGCCUAUACCGAGCAACAACAGCAAUUUAAUAAUUAUUUAUAUAUUUAUUUAUUGGAUGAAGAUGAAUUAUUUUCACUCAAAAAUGGAUCAAUAACUUCUAGUUCAAACACUCCAAAUACUAAUUCUACUCCUUCUUCUGCUUCCAAUACCACCAUGACCAAACAUAAAUGUAUUCAAACAUUUAUUUUAGGAUAUAUUCCACUUGGUCUCACGACACAAAUGGUCACCUUAUAUCCAUCCAUGCAACAAUUUCCAAUGUUUGUGUUAUGUGGAACUGAUAAGAGUAUUCAUUGCUUUUCAGACAUUAUCAUACAACAAGGUGUGAGUACAGGAGUUGGAACAAGUGGUACCAAUGUUGGUUAUUCAUUGAAAUUAUUUGACAUUCCAAUUGUUUCAAAUUUAUUUGUUACGAGUAAUGGAAGAAUCGUUUAUUUGAAUAGUAGUAGUAGUAGUAGCAGUAGUAGCAAUACGAACACCACAGGUUCCAAUUCUUCUUCUUCUUCCUCCAUGGACACCACUAUGAACACAUCGAUCAUGAUGAAUAUUCCAUCGAGUACUAGUAGCAGCAUGAGCAGAGGUAGAAAUUUUCAUCUCAGUGAUAAUCUCUUUGUGGAAUAUGAUUUUGCCAACAUGAUGUGGAAUAUUCCUGGAAGUAUAAUUGAUUUAGAUUACAAACACAAUUUAUUGAUCAUGGGAUGUCAGAAUGGAAUUGUAAAAGGAAUUCAAUACUCAUCUUCUUGUUCACCAUCAUCCUUUUCUCCAACACAAAUGAAUGCAUCACCACCUCCUCAUUUAGAAUUUCAAUUCAUGUUAAAUAGCCCAAUCAGUUCCAUUUCUAUUCUGAAUUGCUCACCAGAUCAUCAUGAUUUGACAUUUAUUGUUGGUGAAGCAAUGGGUAGAGUUGUCAUGUAUUCCAUUCAUCUCAAUUCAAUUUCUGCAACAACCUUCAUGUGUCCAAACAGUAGUGCAAGUUGUAUGAAUUCAAUGACAACAACAACUACAAGUGGAGGACUCAAUACCUCUACCACCACCACAUCCACAUCCUCAACAACAACCACAACAAUAACUUCAUCUCAUUCCUAUCAAAUUGAAGAAUCUACAGUCAUUUAUUGUGAUGAAUUUGGAGAUUCCAUUACAUGCAUUCAUUUACUGCAUUAUGGAGAGAGUACUUCUCACCAAGCUGCACUCACAGAAAUAUAUAUUGGUACUUAUAACAAAAAACUCAUUGUCUAUCAAUAUGAUGGUGAGAGUAAGACAUGUAGUUACAAGACAACUUAUCAUUUUGAAUAUCCAAUUUAUUGUGUGGAUUCAGUAGAUAUCAACAAUGAUGGUGUUAAGGAAAUUAUUGUUUGCACCAUGUAUGAGAUUCAAAUUUUACAACCAGAUUUACGUGCCAUUGGAGAAUAUUUGAAAAACAAGUUAUUAAAAAGAGUUAACUGA